AGGUUUGGUCUAAAAUUAUUCAUUCAUUAUGAAGUUUUUCCUGCUGAUGAUUGCUAUAGUUGUGACCUUUGCGAGUGCUAUUAACUGGUGCGAAAUGGAGGCAAAAUAUUGCAGUGAGCGCAAGCAUAUUAUGUGUCAGCCAAAAUCUUUUCCAAUGGCCAAAAAUGUGAGGAAUAUCCAGAUGGUUAAAAUGACUCCGGAAAUCAUAGAAGCCGGUGUAAAUCGCCAUAACUUCCAUCGGAGCAAUAUAGCUUCCGGUAGAGUCAGAGGAAUCCCAAGUGCUAGGGCGAUGCAGAAAAUGUCCUGGCAUGCGGAUUUGGCUAAUGUAGCUGCCGAACACGCUCGUCAUGCAAACUUCAUGCACGAUGAGUGCCGUGGAUUUACAGAGUUUCCAUGGUCCGGACAGAAUCUCGCCAUUAGAUUGUCUACUGAACCAUUUACAAAUCUCGAACAGGAAUUUGUGUCACUCAUUGAUAACUUGUACGACGAGAUGCCCAUCGUCAGAGACAGAAAACUCUCCUGCAUCGAUUCUUACACUACAUUUUGGCCAAGCUGCAGAGAUGCCGGACACUUUACGGUUAUGGUCAAAGACGUCAACGGACACGUUGGUUGUGCUCUUGUGACCUUUGAACAAUACAAGAAACGCAGAUGGUGGUACGCUCUUAUGGCAACUUGUAACUAUGAAGACAAUAACAUAACCAAUCAAAAAAUCUACGCGAAAGGACCACCUUGUUCAGGAUGUGCUUCAGUUGGAAAGCAAUGCGAUAGAGCAAGUAGUCUUUGUAUCUAAAAGAUUCUUACUUACUCAUAGAUUCUCCACUAUCCAAUCUAUUGGUUUCUGAUUCAACAAAAUUAUAGAUUCGUUACUAAAA